CGGGGUUUUGGCUUGCUUGUGGGAAGUUUUUUUUUUAAAUUAGUCAGUUUUCGAUGUUGGAAUUCGUCAGCACUCUUUAUUAACGGCAUUGAACAUGCUUCAGACUGUCAUAUAUUAUUGAUUGUGAGCAAUCACGAUAUUCUGAAUUUCCUAGCGUUCAAAACCAUUGCAUGCAUGCGUGCACUUUUAGAAAGCGAUAGCACGCUUAGACGUUUACUCACCACGGAAUACAGACUGGUAAUUUCCAAACCAUUAGUUGCACGAAGCACAUUGCUCUUUUAAUGUUACCUAAUAUAAUAUAAGACCUCAUGAACACCCUGUACUCAGUGUACUGUGACGGUAAUUCAGAAAUAACUAUCCAUUUACCGGAAGAAAAAAAGGUUAUCGGGCAUCGAGAUCUUAUCAACAAAAAAAGUUAAUCGUUUCUGCGGACUACCGUACCGUAACUUCAAAAUCAUUGUAUUAUAGUAGUCAUUAGUAUUAUAACAAACUUAUUUUUCUGAAAAGAGUCUCAUUACAUAUUUAAUUAGUGCAAUAAUAGAUGGGAAAGUGCAUUAUUUAUUUUGUUCUUUAUUUGGAGUUACUUUAUACCAUGUUUCGAGAUCAACAAAUGUGGAAUGUCCUGAUCUGACAAAUGUAGAUUAUGCUCAGACUUACCGGUAUAUCGCUCAUUUUGAGAGCUUUAGCAGCCGUGAAGGACUAAAAUCUAUGGUUAUAAACGAUGAUAACGGCUCUGUUUAUCUUGGGGCCUUCAACUCAAUACAUCACCUUGCAAGAAAUUUAUCCCAUGUAAAGACUUUCUUUUAUGACUUCUAUGAGGGUGCUGUCGAUAUUAGGUUCCUGCUCAUAGAUGAUGUUAACAAUGUUCUCAUUGCUUGUGGGGAUAUGCACAAGGGAUUGUGCUUUCGUCAUGCUUUGGACAAUAAGGCACAAUGUUACCUUAUUGAAGGAUUCUGGAGAGACAGCUUCGUAUAUUAUGAGCAUAAAUGGAUCGACUGUCGGUCUAGUUUCAAGUUAUCAGAAUCAAACAAGAUUUUACAUUGCUCGAACACUCGAUGCAGGUUUUGAUUAUCAAUAUCAGCAAUCAAUCUCAACUAAAGUUUGGGAUCAAGAUCUCACUGGUUUUAAGUUACUUUAUAACCAAACUGAUGAUUCAGAAUUCACAACACGAUCAGAGUUAUCAGUAUCUGAAAAGUUUGUAAACACUUAUGUUAUAGAUUAUAUAUAUGCUUUUCUCUAUGAUGGAUUUUCAUAUUUUGUAACCAAACAACCUAGGAAGAUUAACUCGAAAACAAACGAAAUUCGACUUGUUCGUGUUUGCCAAAAUGAUAUCGGUUACUUCAGCUAUAUGGAGAUAACACUGAUUUGCGAAUCCGAUAGCAGAGAAUUCCGCAAUCUAAUAGAUGGUUACUUAGCAAAUGUUUCAACUGAUUUCAUAACUCGAAAUAACAUGAGCAAUUCUGAUUCGAACACUGUACUUUUCUUGCUCUGUGGAUUGGAUGACGACGGAAAAUCAAAUAAAUAUGCCGUUUGUAAAUAUUCCAUGAGCGAAUUAAAUGCAGCAUUUGAUAAAUCUUUUGCUAAAUGCAAGUCUGAGCGUGGCAAUCGUGGACUGGAAUUUUUUUCUAACGGUGAAGAAAAUUACUGCGGAAUAGGAGGAAGUACUAUUGGUGAUGUUUGUCCGAAGGUUUUGUCGGGUACUGACCAUAUCCAUUCUCAGGAAAAAUUUGUGGGGAAAGAUAUUUUAUUAAAUAGUAAAGGCGAAGAUCUGUCAACUCUUGUAUCGGCACCUUCUUCUUUAGCUGUACUGGUCUAUGGCAGCAGUACAAUAUUAGCAAUGAGCUUUAUAUCUGGUGAUAUUGGUGUUUACCAUAUUGGUGCCUACUACAAACUAGGUGUCCCAAACAUCGUUGUUAAAAUUGCCGAUAAACCUUUCACCAAGAAUAUGGAAGUACAAAAAUCUGAAAUAUAUGCAAUGACAUUUGCUUCUGUUUAUAAAAUAUCGUUAAAAGAUUUUUGUACUGUCAUACCUACAUGUAGACAGUGCGUUAUGACAGAUUUCUUAGGUUGUGGAUAUUGCAAUGGUCACAAUUGCACAACAAAAGAUGCAUGUAGCAAAUUGAAAGGCAAUUGGAGCAACAAAUUAUGUCCCCCUAUUGUCACCUCUUUUAAACCACAUUCAGGACCUGUGGAGGGAGGAACAGAUAUUACCAUAUGUGGACAGGCAUUAGGGCAUACUACCUGGCAUCCGGAUAUUGUAUCAAUACGCAGCGUCUCUAUGGGUAGUUUGGCAAGUUGCUUGACAACGAACAAGGAAAAUUAUAAUAAAUUAGUAUGCAAUACUAAAACAAGGUUUAAUUCUACUGAAGAUAUAGAGAAUAUCACCACACCUAUUUCAAUGCAUAUUUUUGCUGCACUUCCAUCAGCUGAAUCUGAUUUUGAAAUAAAUGAAACACUACCGCUUGGAACAUUUACUUUCAUGAUGGUUGAUGUUUUUGGAUUUUAUCCCCCCAAAGGUCCUGAGAGAGGAGGUACAAAAGUUAUUAUUUUUGGUAAAAAUCUCGGCAUUGGUAGCAAUGUCAAAAUCUUGAUUGGAAGUUCAUUGUGUGCUGUCAUGUCUCGUAAUUCAUCUCAAAUUCAAUGCAAGACAUCUCCUCAUCAAGGCAAUAUCACAGAAUCAAUUGUUGGUGCACCGGCAAUAAAAAGCGAAAACAAGGUGAAAGUUGUAAUAGAUAAUGCAGUUAGAGCUGUGGAUGAUCAAUUUUCAUAUAUGCCGAAUCCAAAUUUAUCUGUUCCUAAAGUCCCAUUUAGAAGCAUAGCCAGUGGAGGAAUUCAGAUCCGUAUACCUGGUUCUAAUCUGAAUUCAGUUGCAAGUCCUUAUGUCACAAUAACAAUGAAAAUAUUGUCUAAAAAUGUUGACUGUAGCGUGGUGAAGAUCCUAAUAAUGAGGUGGAAUAUUUGGAAUUUUUCACACCACCAUUUUCUGUAGUGACGGAGAAUUAUAGGGAAGGGAUUUUAACAAUCACGCUCGAUGGGCAAGUUCUUGAAACACCAGGUAUUCAUGUAUAUCCUGAUCCAGUUUUUGAAGAAUUUGUAUAUGCAGAAACGAAGGAAGUGUUUACCAUAGACAUCAGAGGGAAAGGUCUUGACUAUGGAUGUGAAACUACUGUUGAAGAUUCUAAUUUGAAGUGCGAUUAUCGGAUAUAUAUCGGUGAUUUAAUCUGCCCAAUGUAUCGUUCACUGAUCAAGCACUGAUUUGUAAAGCUAAACGAUCAUACAUUGCGAAUAACACAGACAAUACAGAUUUUUCUGUCACUGUCCAUAUGGAAAAUAUAAUCAAACAGGUUGGAAUAAUUGAUUUAUCUUAUUCGAAGACAGGAAUAAUUGUUGGAGUCGUCUGUGUAGUGCUGCUGACACUGCUGAUUAUUGGAUGUGUUAUACUCAUCAAGAGGUGUUGUAUGAAGAGAAAACUUGGCAAUAAUCAGAAUGGUCCUGGAGUGCAUUUCAGAUCAUAACAAAUGAUCAAAGUACCAACGCUGAGUGAGAUAUCAGAAAAGAUCACCCAACCAAGUGUGCUUCAGACGUCCUCCCAGAAGGGUUUAGUUAUUUGAUAAGCAUGCAAACUUUUUUUGUUUUGCUCUUUUGCUAUUCUCAACACACAUUUGCAGGGAUCUCAGUUCUCUGUGUCACAUUCAGCAUGAGAAUCUCUAUACCUCCUUCCACAAAACUCACCUCUCACGUCUCGCUUUGCUCCCGUUUACCUUCUAAUCGUGUUAUUUUUUCUAAUUCUGAUUCGUUUGCUCUUAACAGUAUUACUGCCAUACCAAGCUAUUACACACAAGGUACUUUUUUUUAUCAAGUAGGCCUCAACCCACCGGUACUUACAUUUUUUCUUGCAUGUUUGUAGGGAGGGGCUGGUGAAUAGUACUAUCUUUUUGUAAGUGAAAAAAAAACACCAACCACAAAAAGCCGUUUGAGAUUAACGAACGAUAAACUUAAGUUUUCCCACGACGGAAGGUAUUGGUAACGUAUGAGAAAUCAAUAUUAAUUGAUAUUUAAAAAAAAAAUAAAUAUUCUUAUUCAGGUCGUGAAAGGACAAUCGAUUUUAUUUGACAUGAUUGUCCAACAUUUUUAAAUACCCGGGCACUACAAUUCGUAACCUAAAUUGCCGUGCAUAAUAAUUUCAUUUUUUAGGCAAACUUAGCUGAAUAGUGAAGAUGUCAAAAAAAAGUCUUUCAUUUCGUGAAUUUUUCUAAAUUUAUUUGUAAACCUCGCACGGCUCAACUUAUUUUGCAAUAGUUUUAACUGUGAUCCGCUCAUACUUUUUGUGCACUCGUUACCUCUCCUCAAAUUUUUUUUCAAAACUUGUUCUACAUGCUUUUGACACAACGAUCCUAUCGAACUUUUAAAUGAUGCGAGUAUUAAAACGGCGGCAGCACAUUUGAAUAGUGGGAGCAUUAAUUUGGUUGAAAUAAAACGCAGUAUAUGGUUUCAAAUAUAUUGUAAACGUCGUGAAAACAAUCGUGAUUAACAUUCAAAAAAAGACGGCAAUUUUCAAACAUUCUAACCCUCUAGUUUUUAUAUAUCUUUAAACCUCCCUUCACACAACUCGUCUAUCUUUCCAUGACUUUUUUCGCAAUGCGCUUCGUACUAUGGUGUUAUUUUCCAAUUUUAAUUCUCUGCUUUUAACACUAUUACCGCAAUAACAUUGAGAUACUUUAUACUAUUAAAUAGGCCUCGCUCCACCGA